AGUUAUCAGUUAAAUUCAGUUCGUGGUUAGUUCGCUGUAAGAACAAGUGCUUUUAGUUGUUGGACGGCGCACCAGAGAAGGAAUCAAUAUAAAUAUUGCAAAUAAUUUAAAAUUAAAAAUAAAUAUUUUUAAUGUAAUUUUAAACAUAAAACGAAAUCAAAAAUUUUCAACACCAAAAUUUGUUUAUUUCAAAAGUAAAACCCGUUAAAAAUGUUACAAAACGAUGCAGUUCGUAAUUUACAAUACGACAGCGAAAUUCGUGUCGCGCAACAAAAUAACGCAGAACCGAGAGUAUAUGAUGGACCGAUCAGUAUUACAUCACAGCCGACAACAGCACCGGAACGCAUACCGUUACCACUGCCAAUCUCAACGGUAGAUAACAGUUUUCCAACACAUCGCAGUUUUAGUAUACCCAUGACCGGUUAUGACUUUCUGACCGAGUUGCCAUCUGUGCAUAUUGAGCAAACAUUUGAAUUGAAUGAGGCUUUAACAUCAGUCUCCUCGGAGAACCGCUAUGUCGUGCGCUCACCACUAGGCGAUGCCAUCUACGCCGCUUCGGAGAGUUCCACCGCAAAUAAUCGUCUACUUUGGGGCUCCGCACGUCCCUUUCAAAUGCAUUUGCUGGAUAAAACACAUCAGGAGGCGAUGUUGCUACGCAAACAAUUUGCACUCGGUGCCAUGUGUUGUCAUCCCAAAAACCUGGAGGUAUGGAUACCGCCAGGUAAUCUGUUGGGACGCAUUGUGAACUCACCCACAUUUCUGCGUCCCGAAUAUUUCAUACAAGACGGUGUCACUGGUGAGCCCAUAUUUUGCAUUGAAGGACCCGAAAAGUCGGGCUUCUGUUGCUUCUGUUUGCCGAAAGAGUCGUUCUUUAAGAUACAUUCCGGUGGCGAUUUGCGCGCAUCCAUUGAUCACAAGUGGGUCGCGGGUAAAUCACAGUACACCACAAAUAUAUAUUUCAGUGAUACAAAAUUAACGGCCAAGGAACGCGCUUUGAUUUUGGGUGCGGCAUUUUUAAUGGAGUAUAUGUACUUUCAAACCCGGCUCUGAGCUGCCUUAAACAUUCUGAAACAGCCUACUAUGCACAGCGUGGCAACGCCAUUUGUGAAUUAUACUUAUGUUUAUGCAGUUUUAUAAAUGAAAGUCUUUGUAUUUGACAUUUUU